GGCGCCUACCAGGAGGGCACGCCGCUGGGCGGCAAGGUGGUGCUGGCCGCCGCGCUGGCGCUGCUCACGCUGGCCACCAUGCUGUCCAACGCCUUCGUCAUCGCCACCGUGUCCCGCACCAGGAAGCUGCACACGCCGGCCAACUAUCUCAUCGCCUCGCUGGCCGUCACCGACCUGCUGGUGGCCAUCCUGGUCAUGCCCGUGAGCACCGUGUACACCGUGACGGGCAAGUGGACGCUGGGCCAGGUGGUGUGCGACGUGUGGCUGUCCUCGGACAUCACCUGUUGCACGGCCUCCAUCCUGCACCUCUGCGUCAUCGCGCUGGACCGCUACUGGGCCAUCACGGACGCCGUGGGCUACUCCAGCAAAAGGACUCCCCGGCGGGCGGCCGGCAUGAUCGCGCUGGUCUGGGUCUUCUCCAUCUCCAUCUCCAUGCCGCCGCUCUUCUGGCGCCAGGCCAAGGCGGACGAGGUGUCGGACUGCGUGGUGAACACGGACCACAUCCUCUACACCGUCUACUCCACGGUGGGCGCCUUCUACCUGCCCACGCUGCUGCUCAUCGCCCUCUACGGCCGCAUCUACGUGGAGGCCCGCUCCCGCAUCCUGAAGCAGACGCCCAAGAAAGCGGGCAAGCGCUUCACCCGGGCGCACCUCAUCACGGACUCCCCCGGCUCCUCCUCGUCCGUCACCUCCAUCAACUCCAAGGCCCCCGAGCCGGGCAGCGACGCGGGCUCGCCCGUGUACAUGAACCAGGUCAAGGUGAAGGUCUCCGACGCCCUGCUGGAGAAGAAGAAGCUCACGGCUGCCAGGGAGCGGAAAGCCACCAAGACUCUGGGGAUUAUCCUGGGCGCCUUCAUCGUCUGCUGGCUGCCCUUCUUCAUCAUCUCCCUGGUGCUGCCCAUUUGCAAGGACGCGUGCUGGUUCCACAUGGCCAUCUUUGACUUUUUCACGUGGCUCGGAUAUCUCAACUCCCUCAUCAACCCCAUCAUCUACACCAUGUCCAACGAAGACUUCAAGCAAGCGUUUCAGAAACUGAUCCGCUUCCGAUGCAGCGGCUGAACGCGGAUCGGCCUGGACGCUGCGGAGCGGCUUGAAUGCGCAUUCGUGUCCGACUCCGCAGAAUCAAGUUGCUAUUGUAAAGACCCACGGCUUGAAACUCCCCAACCCCAGUUGUCAGACUCAUGAGGCUGCAAAAACGUCAAUACAUUCUGCCACCAAACUGUUCAGCCCUGCAUUUCAGUGUAAUGACUGUCGCAGAGAUGCUGUUCAAAUAUAAUCACACACAUCAGUUGCAAACAAAUAAACAAAACAGAGGGCAACUUGGAGUUCGGAGGCUUAUAACCCAUCUGGGCUGGAAAAAAAAGUUGGAGAGCAAACUAUUUAUUUUGCAGGCUUACUUUUUAAUUAUUCUUUUGCAAGUUGUAGGGGUGUGCACAAAAGCACAGUUACUGUGUGUGUAAUAUUAGAAUAUUUGUAUUUAUGUGUGCACUUGUAAUUUCUUCUUUUCAGCAGAAAGAGUUGUUAAUUUCACUUGCAGGGCCUGGAGGAAAACUGGGACAUUUUUAAAAAUAGGAACAUUGCAGUACGCUGUGUAAAUGAACUCCUUCAGCUGAAUAUGAGAGAGAGGUAGGAAUGUGCAGAUUAUAUAUGGAUUGCAAACAAGGCAAAUGCAAGUAAUCUUGUAAUAAGAGUUCUGUACACAUUCAUCUGCAUUGCACACACAUGGCUGACUGUCUUCAUCAUUACCUUCAUACAUUAAUACUUCUUGCUUCCACUCAGUCCAGGAAUGGAAAACAAAGAAGUCCUGUGACCUUUGCCUUUAACCAGCUGGGAAUAGGAGCAGUCAUUUUGAUGUUGUAACUUAAGUUUUCCAUUUUUGUGUCAGUUGCACACCCUUACUACAUGGAACACCAAGGACUACAUAAUCUUAUGAAAUACCUCUAUUAUCUAGUGUUGUGCUCUGUAGAGAAACAAAGCAGUUUGCUCUUUCAGAAGAGCUACAUCACCUGCAAAACAAAUAUCUACACAUCAAAAUAAGCACCUGGGAGUGAAAUUGCUCUUCUCCCAUUAUCUUUUUAUUUCAUUUCCCCCCUUUAUUCUGAUAAGACCUUAAAGCACUACUAAACUCCAGCAAGUCAAAAUUAGAGUUUCAGAACAUG